AUGGCGGUGGGAGCUGGGGACGCCAUCUCCGCCAUGGCGGCGUACCUCUCUCGGCACUCGGAGGAGCUCCUCGCCGGCUCCAGGGUCCUCACGCUCUCCACCAGGGAGCUCGCCCGGGUCACCGCGAGGCUCCAGCAGCUGGCGCGGCUGAGCGAGCUGGGCGGGGGGCCAGGCGGUCAGAACCCGAACGACUGGUCGCGGCAGCUCGACCACUGGCACGCGUCGGACCUGGAGUACCUCCGGAGGCUCGAGUACGUCCGUGCGCUGCUCGAGGGGCUGCGAACCCUGCGCGUCGACGAGCACGACCUGCACGCGGGCGACGGGAACCCGACCUCGCAGGUAACAACGCUCAACAACGAUGAGCGUCGGCGUCAGCAGCUCCCCUCGGCGCUCUCGCUGCUGAGCCUCGCGCCCUUCGCGUCGCUCGCGCGGCUCGAGCUUCGCGGCUGCGAUCUCGCCGCCGCGACGCGCCGGCCGAUAUGGGACGGUAACCUCGUGCGCGGCCUGAGGGAGGUCCGAGCGCACCUGGAGGAGCUCCACCUCCGCGGAUGCGUGGGGACGCUGGCGAUGAUCUUCGUCGCCGAGGGAGAGAGCGCGACGUCCGCGCACGACAAGCCGCCCGCGGCGACGUGGCCGCGACUCCGGUCCCUCGCGUAUGUGGCCGGCGAGCUGCUCGGCGGCGAGACGGACGCGAGCGUCGUCGGGGCGUGCUGUCCCGAGUUGACGUCGCUAGACCUGCGAAGGAACGGGUUACGAAGGUGCGAAGCAACGACGGACCCGAGCGGGACCCGGGAGCCGCGCCGACUGACCCGCCUCGACCUGGGCUUCAACCGGAUUCGAAGCGCGCGGCGGCUACACCUUUCGCUCCACGCGAACGGCGCGUCGCUCACGUCGCUCUCGCUUCGCGGCAACAGGCUUCGAUCGACAAAGGGACUGGAGCUUCUGAAGUCGCUUCGAAGCCUAGACGCGGCGGGGAACUUGCUCCGGUCGAUGCGACGCGACGUGACCAACAUCGCGGACAACCUGCCGCGACUCAGGAGGGUGUGGCUGGAGGAUAAUCCCCUCGCGUCGGCGGCGGGAUACAGGACGCAGGCGCUCGCGUGCUGGCCGGAUGAGCGGGACAUCGAGCUGGACGGUCGCGCCGCGUCAAAGUUUGACCGCUUCGCGCUGCGGCACUACAGAAAGGCGACGCAGCUCAGGGAUCGAAUGCGGAGGAUGCGGCCGGGGACGAACGAGGGUACAUCGGACGACGACGACGACGACGACGCGGGAUCGGAAUCGGACGCGGAAUCGGACGCGGACUCGGAGGAUGAGAACCGCGGGGGCGGCUUUGAGCCGACGACGCCGGCAACGCCCGCGACGCCGCCGCUGCCCGCGUCCACCCCGCCGCCGUCCGUGCUCGCCGCGAGGAGCGCGCCGUCUUCAUCUUCGUCGUCGUCGCGCCUUCGCCGUCGUCGUCGCCGCCGCGGUGGCGGCCUACACCCCAAACCGACUCCCACCGAUGGCGACGUCUCCGAUCGCGAGGACGAGGAGGCGACGCGCGCGGCGGUCAUGUCAGGGUUCGACACGUUCUGGCACGGCUUUGAGCUCGAGCCCAAAAUUUUCCUCGCGGGCGAGACGACGGCGCUCGAGGACGCGUCGUCCCCGUCGUCGGCGCCGUCGCCCUCGUCGCCCACGCGGGAGAUCCACGUCCCGUCCCCGGCGAACCCGGGCGAACCCGGCGAAGACUCGGAUUCGAAUUCGAACGAUGCCAGGUACCUGUCCUCGUCGGCGCCGUCGAGAUCCCCCGCAUCCACCGCCCCGCAUCCGUCCGGUCGCCAUCCGGUCCGCGACGGCUUCGGGACGGCGCGCGCGCCGGGCCACGGCCGCCACCUCAGCCUCGAGCUCAACAAACCGCCGCCGAGGUUCGCCGGCAUAUCCCGCGUGAUGGACCUGACCAGCUUCGAGUCCGACGCGGAACACCGCGCGGACGACGACGACACAGCUGGCGGCGGCGACGGCGACGAGGGGGGAGGGACGGUGACACCAUCCAUGAGCGACGGAUCGAGGUCGCCCAAGUCCCCUAAACCCAAAAUCCCCGCGUUUUUCCGCUCCCGCCGCCGCGCCGCGAGGACGAGCGAGGGAAUAGAGAUCGACGACACCACCGACGACAGCGAAGAGGAUGUCGCCGGGCUGUACUCGCCGCUUCGGCUGUCCAAGACGACGGCGUUGACGGCGACGACGGAUGCGGCGGAUGGAGGCGGAUGGGAGGAUGGCGACGACGGCGAGAGGAUGGGCGGGAUACCGUCCGCGCGGGAGCUCUUCGCGGCGAGCGACGACGCGGGAGCUCUCCCGUCGCCGGACUCUCAUUCGGCGGAUCAUCGUUCGUCGUCGUCUUUCGACCCGGAACUUCAGGCAACUUCAGGGGGCGCUCGCGGGGAGAGCCCGGGUCGCGAGCUGGCGAGGACGUUCCGCGCGCGCGUCGCUCGAAACGCCGCCGCCGAGACGUUCCUCGGCGCGUUUUCGUGCUCGAGAACGCGAUCGGCGCACGGGGACCUCAGGGUCGGGUUGGGGGUCCCGCCGGACUCCGCGGAGCCCGGCGAGGAGCCGGUGACGGUGAUGGUCUCGGACGCGCGCGUGUACGUGUGCCGACCCGACGCGGGAGCGGCGGCGCUCUGGUCUUGCGCCCUACCCGACGUGGGAUCCGCGUUGGUCGGAGCCGGGCGCCAGAUGCUGUGCCUGGUCCCGUCGCUCGACGAGUCGUCCCGCUCGCGGCUGGCGCCGGCCACGCUCGUGACGCGAUGCUCGGAGACGACGGGCGCGAUGAUCGCCGCGAUCGUCGCCGCGGCGUCCGCAGUGGACGCCGUCGUCGAGGUGAGCGACGCGGCGGCGUCGUCGCAGCUGAGGUGCGCGAGGCGGAUGCUGGCGCGGCGGUCCGAGGAGAGCGGCGGGGGGGUAUCGAGCGGCGGGGGGGUAUCGAGCGGCGGGGGGGUAUCGAGCGGGACGAUUCCGAGGUGUCACGCGGGGUCGCCGGGGUUCAGAAGCGGGGCGACCUCGCCGAACACGGGGGCCGGCGCUCGAGACGACGACGGGGAGGGGGAAGGGGACGCGAUGGAGAUGAGGGCGUACGCGAUGGUAUUCCUUCGGAGCCGGCGCGGCGCGGGCUCGACGGCGGAGCCCAGGACGCUGAUAGAGCCCAGGACGCUGAUCCUGACCGACGACGUCGUCGCCGUCGCGGAGGAGGACGCGUCGGGAUUUCGGGAGCGGUUCGUGCCGGAUGCCGCGCCCGGUCCCGACGCACCGCGGGUCGACUCGGCGACGCCAUACCUGAGGUGCGAGAGGAGGGCGCCGUCGGCUCUCAUCGCGGGGGUCGACGUCGGGUGGACCGACGUCGCGGCGGCGGCGGCGGCUAUGGCUUCCGCGGAGGGGAGGACGCCGGCGGCGGCGCCGAUGGCGUGCGUGACGAUGACGUUUCGGAAGUGGGGGGUGCCCGACGGGGAGGGACCGGGGCGCGCGCGUCGGGGCGGGAGGGGACGCGACGAGGAGCCCUGGGAGAUGAUGAUGGCGGCGUCGGAGGCGGUCAGGUUGCAGACGCUCGUCGGGAGCUGGGGCGAGGACGGCGCAAGGAACGCGGCGGCGGUGUUUUAG